UCGGGGAGAAUCUCUGAUGACUCAGCGGCGGGAUUCCCUCGCGCGCCCUUCUCUGACUCACGCCCGUCCCGUCCCAUAAAAGCCUCGCGCCGGCUGCUGCCUGCCAGACUCAUUUUUCCCCCCUUCCUCUCCUGGUCGCUUUUCGUGUGGAUCUUAUUUUCUCUCUCUCGGGACUGAAGGUAGAUCGAAGCUCACUUUGGCAAGGAUGGGAAAGCAGCGGGGCUCCGCGAUGCCCGUGGAUCUGAUGGGCAACGCCGGGUUGCUCUGCCAGGCGUGCGGGUUCCUUCUCUGCAACCCACAGCAAGCCGAGUGUGGGCACCGCUACUGCAGGGGAUGCGUGAAGAGGCUGUUCAGGGACACAGACAGGGUGGCCUGCCGGACUUGUAAGAAGGGACUGAGCCCCAAACAGUUCCACGCUGACAAAGCGGCAGAGAACGACGCUCUAGCCACACAAGUUGCCUGCCCGAAUUUUGACUGCGCUUGGACGGGGACCCUGAAAUCGUACCAGGAGCACGCUUGCCCCCCUGUGGCCCAGCCCGGAACCCCAAAGAAGGCUCCCCUGGCCCUUGGAGAUCAAAACGUUGAAGAGAUAGAACCCUGCUGGAGUGUCAAUAGCACAGUCAUGGGUGGCCCUUCCAUGAACGUGGAAGCCGUCCAGAUGCGGGUGGAGGCCUUGGAGCUGACGGUGGUGUCUCUGCGCCGGCAGCUGAACAGCCAGGCGGCUGCGGUGAAGUCCCUCCAGCGCUGCUGCUCCCACUACGAGAAGCUCUUGAGGGCCUCUCAGGAAAUGUGCGCCGUGCCGAAAGCGUCUGGAGAACCAGCGUCGCCGGAGCUGGCCAGCACCGACGGGACCUUGGUGUGGAAGGUGGAGAACUUCUCCAAACUCCAGAAGGAUGCCAAAGCUGGGAAGAAGCGUUCCAUUUACUCCCCGGCCUUUGCCACUCAUCCGUUCGGGUACCAUCUCUGCGUCCGGCUCUACCCCGACGGAGAUGGCAUUGGCCAGGGGGGCCACGUCUCGCUUUUCCUCGCCUUGGCCAAGGGGCCCUACGACGACGUCCUGCCCUGGCCUUUCUGGCAGAAGGUCACCUUCUCCCUCUUGGACCCCACGCGGAGGAAGUCCCCCGUGAUGGAUACCUUCCUCCCGGAUCCCCACAGCGUCUCCUUCCACCAGCCGCGCCAGAGGCUCAACGUGGCCAGCGGGAGUCCCCUCUUCGUCAGCCAUCUUAAGAUUCCUGCUUACCUCAAAGACGACACGCUCUACCUCAAAGUAGUGGUGGAUAAUGCAGGGAUGGAAAUCUGAGGGACGGGAGACACUGGGGCAAGAGAACAGGGUUAUUCUCUGUUCUCUCAGUCACGCUUUUGUGGUUUUUCCCUUCUCCCAAAGGCCUUUUAACUAUUUUUGAAGAUCUUCACCUCUUGUCAUCAAAUCCCUCCCCCUUUCUCCACACCACCAAUUGUGUCCGCUACAAUUCCCAUUCUGAAAUGGGCCGUGAACUACCUCUCUAGGAAACCUAAAUCUUCACAUAAUAGUGCUGUUGAUCGUGCAAUAUCCAUCCCUCAUCCAAACUCAGGUGGAAUUUUUUAGGCUUUGUUCUUUCCCCCCUACUUCUUAAGAGUUGCUGAUAAAUGUAUGGAAAAUGGUGGAGUGUCUGGAUUGGCCUUUCAGAGGUCUUGAGUGUGGUACACUGUAACGCAAACACUGACCACUGGGUACCAUCGAUUGCGUAAUUUAUUCAAGUUGCAGAAUUGGAGUUUUCAUACUUGGCUGCUUCGAAACUUUUAAAAAUGCAAUUCACUGGAAAAGACGCAGAAGGCCUGAAGAUUUUCUUUCGAUGCCUCAUCUCAAUGCCAUCCCACUCUGCAGUUUGCGAGUGAUUGGGGAGCUGCAAAUUUAGAAUUUGUUACCGCUGUGGAGUUUGCUGUGUAUGUUUGUGUUUUCCUGCUGCAGCUCAGCAGGCUACAGUUGAAAGUGAUGUUUUGAAAUAUUAUAUAUUUGUAUUUAUUGUUAAUCAGUUCUACUGCACUUUUUAAAGACAAGGGGAAUUUGCAAUAAUAAUUGAGGAUUGUUUCCUCGAACAUGACAGGUUUUUUUCUACCUCGCUUACUUAUUUAUUGAUGAGAAUGUUGGUAUUUAUUAUGGAAAUUGAAAUAUUACAACAUUAUUUAUUCAACGGAUGGCUGCUUAUGCUGGUUUGU